AUGAUGGAGAAACGAAAUGAAGAACAUAAACUUCUAGAUAUCUUUAUAAAAUUAAUAAAAUUAGAAAACCUUUAUGAAUUAAAAGAGAAUGAAUUAUGUUAUGAAUAUUUAAAUAAGGAUGAAUUAAUUGAGAAAGGUAUAUUAUUAAAUAAUUUAACUAUAAAGAGUAUAACAAAAUAUGAUGAGAAAAAUAAUUCUUAUAUAUUAAAAUUAGUAAAAAAAAAAAAACAUAUAGAUACAAAUGAUUUAAGUGAUGAAGAAAAUUUAGAUAAUUUCUCUCAGCAUCUGUUUUCUAAAGGAUGUAUAGUACAUUUUUCAAGAAAAAGAAAGAAAUAUAUUUUAAAUUCAUUAAAAGAAAAAUCCAUGUCUUAUCAUAUAAAUGAUAAUAAUAAAAAAAAUAAUAUAAAUAGCACAUCAAUUAUUAAUGAUAAUGUAAAUAUUUAUAUAUGUUCAGUACAUAAAAUAAAAAAGAAUCAAAUCAAUUUAAUAUUAAGAAAUUCAAUAGAAUUAUGUAAAGAAUUAAAUGUAAGUAAUAUUUUUAUGUUAUGUGAUAAAGGGUAUUUCGAUGUCUGUUUAGUAAGUAGCGAUAUUUCUACACAAAGACAAAUAAAUGCUAUAAAUAUUAUGAAAAGUAAUUUAGAUCAUCAAUCUGAUAUUUUAAAAAUUUUAUUUUUUAAUAAACAUCCAUCUCAAAGUCCGAUGCUCAAAAGGGUUAUGAAUAUAUUUGACGAGUAUCAAAAAUGUGAAUCGAAAGAGUAUAAAGUUGGUAAUAUGAAGGAAAAUAUAAAUGGUAAUAUGAAAGGAUAUAAUAGUGAUAAUAUAAAAGAAAAUAUUACUGAUAAUAUAAAAGAAAAUAUUACUGAUAAUAUAAUACAAAAUGGGAAUGACAAUGUGAAUACGUAUUUUACAACUGCUUCUUUUUCUACACAUAAUAAUAAUAUUAAUUCAACUAAUGAUAUUUUGAAUAGCUAUAUUUAUAACUGUGAUAAUAUAAAGUGGGGUAUAAAAAAUUUAAACAUUAAUCAGAAAAAAGCUGUUUAUUCUUGUCUUUAUUCAAAUGAUAUAUUUUGUAUUCAUGGUCCUCCAGGAACUGGAAAAACAACUGUAUUAUGUGAAUUGAUUUAUCAAUUAAUUAAUAGAAAUUAUAAAAUAUUAGUAACAGGUCCUAGUAAUGUAAGUGUUGAUAAUAUUUUAAGUAAAUGUGUUAUAGACUUAAAUAUUAAAAAUGUUAUACGUAUAGGAAUAAAAUCUAAAGUAAAAAAAGAAUUACAUAAUUAUUGUUAUGAUGAAAAAAUUAAAGAAUGUGAUAGUUAUAAAUUAUGUGAAGAUAUUGAUAAAGAAAUCGAAAAAUUAAAAUUAGAAAUAAAUAAAUUAAAAAAUAAAAAAAAAAGUGAUAAUAAAAUAUUUAUUGAUAGAAAACAAAUAUAUAAUUUAAAAUAUGAAAUAAAAAAUUUAAAUAAAGCUAGAAAAAAAAAAAGAAAUGUUUUCUUUAAAGAACUAAUGAAUAAAAAUAAUGUUAUAUUCUCAACAUGUUCUAGUACUUCUAAUUAUGAAUUAAAUAAAUUUGUUAAAUAUUCAAAUUUUCUUUUUGAUGCUGUAUGUAUAGAUGAAUGUUGUCAAUGUACUGAACCUUUAUGUUAUAUUCCUAUCUCAUUAUCAAAAAAAAAUGUUUUUUUAUUUGGAGAUCACAAACAAUUAUCUCCUUUAAUCAAAUAUAAUAAACAUAAAAAUAAAUUAAAUAUUACAUUAUUCGAAAGGUUAAUUAAUAAACAUAAACAAAAUAUAUCAUUCCUACUAAAUAUUCAAUAUCGUAUGAAUAAUUUAAUAUUAUUAUGGUCAAAUAAAAUAUUCUAUGAUCAAAAGUUAAUAUCUCACAACUCAUGUAAGGAAAUUACUGUCGACGAUCUAUUGGAGGCUAUUCAAAUCAAUCAAAAGGAAAAAAUAAAAUCCAAAGAUAAUAUAAAAAAAAAUAACAACAACAAUAACAACAACAAUAAUAAUAAUAAUAAUAAAAAAAAUAACAAUAAUAAUAGUAAGAAAAAAAAAAAUGCCAAUAAUAAAAAGACAAAUAAAAACCAUCACCAAGAAAUGGAUAAUCACACAUGUGAUCAAACAAGUGGUAUUAUUCAAAAUUAUAAUUAUUGCCCUAUUACUUGGAUAGAAACUGACGGCUUUGAUGAGUUCUUAGAAGACAUAGAUGAUAAUGAUCUAAUGAACAUGGAAUCGAAAAAUUUAGAAAUCAGUGACAAGAAGAAUGACAAUUCGAAAGAUAUGAAAAUGAAAGAAAAGGGUGAUGUGCAGAAGAAGAGGUGUAAUGAUGAUGAUAAAAGGGGAGACAAUAACAAAACAAAUGAUGAUAAAAGGGGAGACAAUAAUAAAAAAAAUGAUGACAAAAGGGAAGACAAUAAAAAAAAAAAUAAUGAAAAAAGGGAAGACAAUAACAAAACAAAUGAUGAAAAAAGGGAAGAUAAUAACAAAAAAAAUAAUGAAAAAAGGGAAGAUAAUAACAAAAAAAAUGAUGAUAAAAGGGAAGAUAAUAACAAAAAAAAUGAUGACUCCCAAAAGGAUAAUAUAAAAAAUAAUUUAUCUGAUGAUUCAGAUGAUUAUAAUAAUAAUAUGUUAAUAAAACUAAACGAUGAAGAAUUAAUAAAUAUGAUAAAGAUAGAUGUAGAUGAUAUUAUAAACUUAAAUAACAAAUCGAGGAGUAAUAAAGGAGAAGCAUAUGUUAUAUAUAAAAUAAUAGAAAAAAUGAUUAAAAUAGAUAAUAUUAAUAGUAACAAUAUAUGUAUUAUUACACCAUAUUCUAAACAAACUAAUGUAUUAAGAAAUAUUUUUUAUGAUAAUAUAUAUAAUGAUCCAAAUUAUUUAAGUACAUAUAAAAAUAUUGAAAUAUCAACAGUGGAUUCUUUUCAAGGUAGAGAAAAAGAAAUUGUAGUCUUUUCAUUAGUGUGUUCAAAUUAUUUUAAAAAUAUAGGUUUCUUAAAAGAUUAUAGAAGAUUAAAUGUAGCAGUAACAAGAGCAAAGAGACAUCUUCUUAUUGUAGGGAAUUCAAAUACUAUAUCGAAUGAUGAUGUAUUAAACCAGUUAUAUGAAACCAUUUUGGAAUGUGGAAAGGUAUAUCUUGUAAAUGAAUUGAUAGAUGUAGAAGCAGUUAUAUUAAACACAUGA